GUUUCACAUUAAUAGUUCCGUUGUGACUGUUUACGACGCAGUCGCGUUAUGACACUUUUAGAAAAAUUCUAGAAAUGACGCCGCUUACAUUGUUUCCAUCCACACAAAUGAAGAGUUGAUUUUAUCCCUCACUGACUGAUGUCCUGUCGAGUUUGACCCAAACAUGCACCAACAAGAGCCUGGAUGUGAUGCAGAACAACUCAAGCAUGUGGAAAAUAAUGUAGCAGAUACACCGGAAGCUUUGUCUCAGUCGAAGGGGACGGAUAUGGCUGUGCAACCUAGAAGCAAGAAAAGUAAAUCCAAAAAAUUGAAAGCAUCAACAAAAAAGGGGAAAAAAUGUACUACCAUUAGCCAAGAAAAGCCUUUAUCUAAAGUGGGACAUGUUGCAGAGGGCACCGAACACAUGUUUCGCACCCACAUCUGCUCUGAAUGCAGACGCUGCUUCAAGACACGCUCCCAUUUGAUAGAACACAUGCGUAUUCAUUUUCCUGACCCCAGUCUGCAAUGUCCAACCUGUAAACACUACUUCACCAGCAAGAGUAAGCUACGCAUCCACAUGCUAAGAGAGACGGGACAGAAACUGCACCGCUGUAAUCUAUGUGAGUAUAGAGCGGUGGAACGUAACUCUCUGCGACGACACCUUUCCAGCAUGCAUGGGCAUCAAGAAGAUGAUGCUCCCAAUGGAGAGUUGUUUAAGUGCCCAACUUGCCAAAAGACUUUCAGUCAGAGUCAGGCAUUAAAAAGCCAUAUGAAGUCUCACAAUAAGACACAAGAUGGACAGCCGUUACCUUGCUUCCAUAACGGCUGCUCAUUUCAGUGUACAGAAAAGAAGCGGCUUCUAAAGCAUGUGUUAGAUGCUCACCAAACUGAGGCCGUCGAGUGCCAUCAUCAUGCCUGCGGCGCCUUCUUCGGGAGCCUGGAAGACAUGGAGAAACAUUUCCGCACACAUCAGGCUUAUCACUGCCCCCACUGUGACUUCUCAUGCUCAAAUAAGAGCCUUUUUCAGCAGCACAAAAGACAAGGACAUCCAGGGAAUCAAGAACUGAACUGUAGCUUCUGCCCUUUCUCAACCCUCAACCCUGUGGAGUUCGAUCAACAUGUUGGUCGCUUUCAUGCCAGUGAGAAAACACACCACUGCUCACAAUGCAGCUUUGUAACAGCUCACAAAAGAGUCCUGAAAAGACACAUGCUGAUGCAUACUGGUGAAAAGCCCCACAAAUGUACACUAUGUGACUUCAGAUGUCGUGAUGAGACAUACCUUUCACAGCACAUGCUGACGCACUCUAAUGACAAACAGCACAUGUGCUCAGAAUGUGGAUAUGUUACGAAAUGGAAACACUACCUCAGUGUCCAUAUGCGUAAACAUGCAGGAGAUCUAAGGUACAAAUGUAAUCAGUGUCCAUAUCGUUGCCAUCGCAUCGACCAGCUGAACAGCCAUAAACUCCGUCACCAGGAAAAAUCCUUGAUCUGUGAGGUGUGUGCAUACUCCUGCAAGAGAAAGACUGAACUGCGCAGCCAUAUGCAGCUCAAGCACUCAGCAAAUGCAGAUCCACAACCUCCUGUUUACCAGUGCAAGUUUUGCCCUUACACAACAAAGUACCGGCAAGCCCUGCAUAGCCACGAAAACUGCAGGCACACCCGGACACGCAUGUUCCGCUGCGCACUCUGCCACUACACCACAUUUAGCAACACCAGCCUCUUACUGGCAUUGUGA